UUCAGGUACGCGAGAGAAAUGAAACGUCAUAAUACUAAUAGUAGUAAUACUAAGUACUAAGUUAACUUAAUUAUAAAUAACAAUGACAUAACGUAAGCGAUGAUUUCAUCAUAUUGUAACCUGUAACAGUAUUAUUGAAAUAGAAGUGACUUGAACAUUUUCAACAUUACUAGCAUUGAAUAUUGAUAUGCAACAAUAACUAUGGCAAAACCAGAUGAACUAAUACUUGGUUCUGGAGAUGGUGAUAAUGCUCAGUCAGGAAAUGCUUAUGCCUUUUACCAGCAUUCACCAGUGAGUGAAAUGACCAACAAUAAUUGGAGAGUUCCUACAAACGUUGUACAGAAUUUAGAGUCACAGUCACAGCCUUCUUUUGAAGAAGUAGAAGAAGAAGGUUGCAUGUUGUUUGAAAAUUUUGUAUUUGAAGAAGCUGAGCAUAUACAAUCAAACAAAAAGGCUAUAACUUGUCAGAUUUAUGAUCCUAGUUUUCUAACCUCUCCUGCUACUGAUGAGGAUCAGACAGGUGAACUUCACAGCAAUUUGUCUACCCAGGAGAAUCCCCUGAGAACACUUUCUAAGACUCAUAGUGGAAAGGAAUCAUGGACCAAAACUGGUAGGGAGCUCAGACAUAUUGCUGAUGAGUUUGCUAAGAGUGCUGAGAGAAAAAAAGUUAAAGAAAAAGCCGAUGGUGUGGACAUUAAUCACUUGACAUCAGAAAGUUUCUAUAAUCUUCUGUCAGAGAUGUUUUAUGAUGGGCGUAAUAUGAAAGAACGCAUUGUAACUCUUUUCUGCUUCUGUGCUGACCUUGUGAUACGAGCUUUUCUUAAUCAUGCCAUUGACUAUGGUAAACAAUUUAUGACAUGGUCUUAUGCAUUCAUAAAACAUCGUGUGUGCACUUGGGUUUAUGAAAAUGGUGGAUGGGAAACAGUCUUGUCAACUUUUGGGAGUUACAUUAGAAGUGUAGUUCAUACACUCACAAUAGCAGCUGUUGGAAUAGCAGCUAUAGCUGUGGGAUCUGCAGCAAUAGUUUACAUCAGAAAGAACAUCUGACUUUGGAUCAGGCAACCUGCCUUGAUAACUAGUCGUCCAGGGUGAUGUGACCACGGUGAUCUCAUCUAUGCAGUCUUUAGUGUUUCUACAGCAACACCCAAAAUAAAGUUUAGAUUGUAAAUGAUUUAACAUACUGUUGACAACUCAAAUACCAGUAUUUAAGGAGAUACUUGGUAAAGUUUUUGGUUUAUAACCAAACUCUUGGUAACUGUCUUAUAACUGUUGUCGUGUGUUUAACAUGUACGUGUUUGUGCAUGUAUGUAUGUAUAGAUACACUACAUUAUUGUAUACUUUUACUUUUGCACAUGAUUUUUACAUGAGAACCUGCUCACAACUACAAUAAACUUGAGAUUU